AUGAAUCAAAACUAUUCCUAUGGAGGGCAACAAUCGAGUCAACAGGGCAGCUCUCAACAAGGACAACAAACAUAUACAGCUUACACCUCAUUUCACCCGACGAGCAGCUCGUACACUGUUUCUUCCGUUCAACCGAGCAAUUCUUCCGGCACCACUUAUAUUCCAAAUUAUGUAGCGGCUCAAGGCACCGAGGUUCGCAUCGUGAACGCGCACGGAGAGCCCGUCGAGCACCGCUACAUCAUCAAUCAACAAGGAUCCGAUGAUAAAUUGGCCGCCCUAAUCGACUCGUACUUCGUCGAUCAUCCCCAGCCGAGUCACACCCAGAAUCAACCCCACCAAACACAGCAAUCCUCGUGGUCAUCACACAAUCAGCACAACACAGGAUCACAGAUUCAAUAUGUGACCCAACCGGGUCCAGGCGGCACCACCGUCAAAACCGUGGUCGCUAAAAUGGGCGGCAUGCCUGAGUUGACCGAAAAGGAGCGCGCGAAGAAAGAGCGACAAGCAGAAGCGGCUCGUUUGAGAUACCAUGCUUUGUCAGCCGACAAAAAGAAAGAGCUAAACGCUCGCCGCACCGAAGCACAAAGAAGAAAGAGACAACGGGAAAAAGAAAUGGAACAAUUAGAAGAUAUUCUGAGGCAAACAAAUGAUAUUCAGGAAGAUCCCGAUAUCACCGAGCAAUUGCGUGAAAAAAGACGCCGGGCCCGAUGGGCCGAGGCGGCAAGGCUUAGAUACCAACGAAUGACGCCAGAGCAAAAAGCUGAAUCGAAUGAGAGAAGAAAACGGAGGGAACAAGAGAAAGCUUUCGCGCAAUGCAGGGCAAGCAAUAUGUUGACUGGAGAUGAUAAUAAAGAUGACGAGAUCGUCACCGAGCACAUCAAAGUACAGAACAAGAAGAAAGCUGAGGCGGCCAGGCUACGAUAUCAUGCCAUGUCAAACGAUCAGAAGCGCGUCUACAAUCAAAAGCGAACGGACGCGUUUCGAAGGAAACGAUUAGAGGAAGAAAUGCUUCUCACGAUGCCAAUUGGACGUGUUUCUGGUGAGGUUUUCGAUCGAGCGCAACAAAUCGUUGAGAGAAAUCGGAAAAGAGCCGAAUCAGCUCGCUUGCGAUAUCAACGGAUGACACCCGAGCAGAGAAAGAGAGCCGCCGACGCAGCCCGUCUCCGCUACCAACGAAUGUCAGCCGAUCAGAGAAAGUUUAAGGUCUACAAUCAGAAGCGGUAUACACCGAAGAAAGCACGAAGUGAAGACUCGAAAGGGACACCACAACCAGAAUACGUACAAGAUGAUUAUGAUGCGUUGUCGUCGAUUGAGAGAGAAGUGAUGAAAAGGACACAACAAGCACAACAAACGCUGAGGAAACGGCAAAUGGAAGAGCAACAAAUGCAGCAACGUUUAAUGUCGAACGGAGAACCCGAGCCACAGCCAGGACCCUCCGCUGGGACAUAUGUCGUGACUGGGCAGCCUGGGCAACAGGUCCACCAAGUGCAACUACCCGGCCAACAGCAAAUGAUCACCGUCACGAAAAUGAUGCCACCGCCAACUGUGGCCCAGUUAAAGCAAGGAACAAGCCAGGUGCAACAGGUGCAACAUGUCCUCAAUCCCCAAGGUCCAUACCCGGGCAAUAUUGUCGUGAUCACGGCGCCGGCCGGCUCGAAUCCGCAAACGAUCUACCAGACAAGAGAUGGCAAAUUUCAG